AUGGCAGAUGAAAUAGUUUUGCUAGUUCUAGUUAGCGUGUUUGGUAUGAGGGUCAAAAUUGCAUUAGUAGAGAAGGGUAUCAAGUAUGAAAAUAGAUAAGAGGACUUGAGAAACAAGAGCCCUCUCCUUCUUGAAAUGAACCCAGUUCAUAAGAAAAUCCUAGUCUUGAUCCAUAAUGGCAAACCCAUUUGUGAAUCAUUGAUAAUAGUUCAGUAUAUUGAUGAAGUUUGGAAUGAUAAGUCUCCAUUGUUGCCCACUAAUCCUUACCAGAAAGAUCAAGCCAGGUUCCGGGCUGAUUACAUUGACAAGACGAUAUACAAUCUUGGGAGCAAGUUGAUACGGUCAAAAAAAGAAAAUCUGGAGAUACCCAAGAAGGAAUUCAUAGAAUGCCUUAAGCUGCUGGAAGGAGAGCUUGCAGACAAAUCCUACUUCGGUGGUGUAAAGUUGGGAUUAGUGGACAUUGCUCUGGUGCCAUUUUGUAGCAGUUUUUACGCAUACGAGACCUUUGCCAACUUCAGCAUAGAGGAAGAGUGUCCCAAACUGAACUUAUGGGCUAAGAGGUGCAUGGAAAAGGAGAGUGUGUCCUCUUCUCUCCCUCACCAGCAGAAGGUCUAUGACUUUAUUUUGCAGGUGAGAAGACAGUUUGGACUGGAGUAG